AAAUCCAACCAUCUCCAGUGCUGAAGUUUGAUCUCUAUCUAUUAGAUGUGCAAAUAUAGAUAAAAAAAAAAAACCAAAACUUGCAAUGGUUAAAACUUUGAAAAGUACAACUCUACCCAUCUAGCUCUAUUUUAAUAUGCUCGUGCCUGAAAUUUCAUGUGUGUCAGACCACAAAACCAAGACAACGGAAUCUCUCUUAGAAGAAGAGGAGAGAGAGAGAGUUAUUCAUAUUUUGAAAUGGUGAGCUAGUGAACAAAGCAGCUGGGGUUUUUUACCUUGGAUGGGGCUUCUUUUUUGUAUGGACAUGAUGGUAGAUUCAUUUCCGUGGACAAAACUCAGGAAUGAAUUAUUUUGUAUUCUUCACAGAACAAGACAACAGCAAUGUAUACAAACACAAACCAUUGCUGCAAAACGAACAACACAAAAACAACAGCAACGUUCCACAGAAAUGGCUGCUUUUGCUUCUCAUACUCAUAGCUAUCACCCAAUGAUACCACUUUUUAUGGCUUUCCUUGUUGUUUUUGCUACUUCUUUUCGUCCUGUCUUGUCUCUACAAGUCAUGUCAGAUUCCGGUGAUCUGUUCCCGGAAAACCAAACUUUCAGGCCAGGGGGAGAGAUGUGGAAACUCAAAAGAGUCCAUGCUUAUCUUAAGAAGAUUAACAAGCCUGCAGUCAAGACAAUUCAGAGCCCUGAUGGUGAUGUAAUAGAUUGUGUUUUAUCUCAUCUUCAACCAGCAUUUGACCAUACAGAGCUCAAAGGACAAAAACCAUUGGAUCCACCAGAGAGGCCAAAAGGCAAUGAGAACACAGAGGCAAUAACAAAAAGCUAUCAGCUGUGGGCAGAUUCAGGUGAGUCAUGCCCAGAAGGAAGUGUUCCAAUCAGGAGAACCACAGAAAAGGAUGUUCUAAGAGCAAGUAAUAUAAGAAGGUUUGGCAGAAAAUUAAGAAGGCAUGUAAGAAGAGACUCAACAGGCAAUGGUCAUGAGCAUGCAGUUGUAUUUGUUAAUGGAGAUCAAUAUUAUGGAGCAAAGGCCAAUAUAAAUGUGUGGGCUCCUCGUGUUACGGAUCAAUAUGAGUUCAGCUUGUCACAAAUUUGGGUUAUCUCUGGUUCUUUUGGCAAUGAUCUAAACACAAUUGAAGCUGGUUGGCAGGUUAGUCCUGAGUUAUAUGGCGAUAAUUAUCCAAGAUUCUUCACUUAUUGGACAAUUGAUGCAUACCGAGCUACUGGAUGCUAUAACUUACUGUGUUCUGGGUUUGUCCAAACCAACAACAAGAUUGCCAUUGGAGCUGCAAUAUCUCCAAGGUCCUCUUACAAUGGUAGACAAUUUGAUAUUGGCCUAAUGGUCUGGAAGGACCCAAAGCAUGGAAACUGGUGGCUAGAAUUUGGUUCAGGACUUCUAGUAGGAUAUUGGCCAGCUUUCUUGUUCAGUCAUUUGAGAAGCCAUGCAAGUAUGAUACAGUUUGGAGGAGAAAUAGUGAAUUCUAGAUCCUCAGGGUACCAUACAUCAACCCAAAUGGGCAGUGGUCAUUUUGCAGAAGAAGGAUUUGGAAAAGCAUCCUAUUUUAGGAAUUUACAAGUUGUUGAUUGGGACAAUAAUUUGCUGCCCUUAACAAAUCUUCACGUCUUGGCUGAUCAUCCAAAUUGUUAUGAUAUAAGGCAAGGCAGAAACAAUGUUUGGGGAACUUAUUUUUAUUAUGGAGGUCCAGGGAGAAAUGUAAGGUGUCCAUGAAGGUAUUGGUACAGCAUAGAAAGUAAAAUAUUGAUUUUGUGCAUUUUCUUUUUUAAGUUUUUGAGCUAUUAGUUUUUCUUUCUAGGCCUUGGUAUGGUUUGGGCUAUUUUUAGAUUUUUUUUGGAAUAUAAUAUGCCCUUUUUUUUCCUUUUUCUUUUUGGUCCCCCAACAGGUUAAUCUUCUCUUAGCCCACUUCUGAGAUUAUGUAAAUUUAGGAAAUACAGAUUGUUAAUAACAAUGAAUUGAGUGUCUUUUGUCUU